AUGUUAGUAUACACAGUCAACAUAGAUGAUUAUCAAACAAUGGAUGAUAAAGUAUAUUAUUAGAUCAACGUUUAUUGUUCAGAUGGACACAGGAAGAUUUGUAAACGAUAUUCUGACUUGAAAGCAUUGAAUGAAAAAAUCAUAGAGAAGAAUUCUAACUUUAAACUACAUUUAAAUUUGCCUCAAUUCCCUGGUAGAAAGAUAUUUGGGAGAACCAAAAAUUCAGUCGCAGGAAUCAAGUAGAGAGGAAAAGAAUUAUAGAACUAUUUAGAAGAAGUAUUAAACAUAAAAUAGUUGCAAUAAUUCUCAUCAAUUAAAGAAUUGUUACCUCAACAACAAUUACAUUAAGAAACUAUUUAGUUAACUCAUAGUGAUGAAUAUGAUAAAGAAGUUUGUUGGCUAUAAAUGGAUGAAUUAAAGCGAUCAUUUUUGGAGAGACAAGAAAUUAAAACACCCAAGAAUUUAAAAUCUAAAUGCAAAUCUAGCUUAAACACUAAUGGAUAUGUCUAGAGAUAUCAUUUUAGCAUUGAUGAUUAUGAAAUCCAAUAAGAUGUAGUUUUAUAUACGAUCACAUUAACAGACGCAAAAAAGACUACUAAUUAUUAAUUUACAUCAAGAUAUAGUGAUUUAAGAGAAUAUGAUAAAUUACUAAAAAAAGAGAAUUUGAAGGUUGAAUUGCCUGUUUAUCCGAAAAGAAAGAUCAUAUCUCAAACGAAUGAAAAUCCUUUCUUCAUCUAAGAAAGAUAGGAAUAACUUUAGAAAUAUCUAAAUGACAUUUUCGCCAUUAAAGAGUUAGUCUAAAGUGAACCUUUGCAAUACUUUAUUACAAAAAUUAAAUUAGAAGGUAAAGCCAUUCGAGUAGGGCCUGUUCAAUAAAAAUAGUAAAUUUGCACCAGAUCAAUUUUAUAUGAAAGUUAAGAGAAUUUGCCAGAAAGAAAAAGCUCUUUUUGA